UUCAAGAUUGCGCCGUGUUUAGUUCAUAGUGAAUCAGUGAAGUGUCAAUAUGAAGUGGAUAUUGCUGUGUUGCUUCUUGACCGUAACCUUGGCCAUUCCCUUGAAUAACAAAGACGAUGGCUUUGUUGGGCAGCCGAUCGAGGAGUUGGGGGAGCAUUUUGAAGGUGACAUCCUUCUCACGGAUGAAGAGAAGACAAUGAUCUUUGAUGCAAUGGUUGAUGGACGGACAGGGCUUCUGAAUCCACGAUACCGCUGGCCAAAUAACAUUCUCUACUACGAGUAUGCAGAUCAUGUAACAGAGAUUCAAAGGGAAUGGAUUGAUUUAGCCAUAGCUAACCUGACUGGCCACACUUGCCUAACCUUUACGCCACGUACUACUGAGACCGACUACGUCUACGUUACUACAACGAGCUCAGGAUGCUUCUCUUACCUGGGACGUAUUGGAGGACGCCAGCAGCUCAAUUUGCAGAACAAUGUACCAACUCAGGGAUGCUUCCGAUUUGGCACAGUUGUUCAUGAAUUUAUCCACGCAUUAGGCUUCCAUCAUACCCAGACAGCCUACAACAGAAACGAUUACGUCCACAUCAAAUUUGAAAAUAUUCAAGCUGGGACUGAAAGCAAUUUUGUUCUGAGAGAUCGUACGACAACCACAUUGUAUGGCUUGCCCUAUGACUAUGACAGUGUUAUGCACUAUGGACCAACUGCAUUCAGUAUGAAUGGACAAGACACAAUUGUACCAACUCAGGAAGGAGCGGUUUUCGGACAGAGACUUGCAAUGAGCACUAUGGAUAUCCAGCGACUCAACCGAAUGUACGAUUGUCCAGAUGGACAGUGAAUGUAUUGAUUGUUGUAAAUUCUUUCAAUAAAAAACUUAAAUCUUUA